AUGCAGCCUGUGCUGGAAAAGCAUUUUCGUGGUUGGGUUAUUCUUCACAAUUAUGCAGCAUCUCCAAACAGAAAGAUGUGGAUAUUCUGGACAGAUCAUGUACAAGUAGAUCUACUAGAGUUUUCUGAGCAAAGUAUUACUUGUGUGUUACAAUAUGAAAUCAGGAAAGUUUAUUUUUCUGCCAUUUAUGGGAGUAAUGAUGGUGUUCAAAGAAAGGACUUGUGGUUGAACUUAUCUCAUAUCGGUGUUAGGAAGUUACUUAGCAAGGAAGUUUUGAUCAAUGACUCUUGGCUUUCAACUCUCCCACAGUCGCAUGUUGAGUUCUUAGCCCCAGAAGUCUCUGAUCACAAUGCUACACUUGUCAAACUCAGCAUGACAAUUCAAUUCCCUCCAAAGCCUUUUAAGUUUUUUAACUAUCGGACAGGGAAUCCGAAGUGCAAGUUAAUUGUGGAAAGAUCAUGGGAAAACCCUAUCAAAGGUAGCCCAAUGCUAAUAUUGCAUAAGAAGUUAAAGAGGUUGAAACUGGAGCUCAGGAAGUUCAAUCUUCAAAGCUAUGGAAAUCUGUCUGGUAGAGUGCAGGCAAAGAGGAAAGAGCUGGAAGUAAUGCAGAAAGCCAUUCUAACUCAAAACCCACCAAAAGAACUGGUUAUGACUGAGAGAAGUCUAUAUGAAGAACUCAAGGACCUGAUGAAGGCUGAAGAGAGUUAUUAUAGGCAGAAAUCAAGAAUAAGAUGGCUGUAA